AUGGCACGUGGAACUAGAACAGUCUACCCCAGCGAGCGAAAUAAAGGGUUCAGUACGACAUUACAACCACCUGAAGAAGGCCGGAGCGUACAACGACCGAAACGUUGUGAUAAAUAUGGCAGCAGAGAUGAGGAUGAUAAUUUCCAUCCUAUUCACCAUCAUCUUCUUCUUCCCAUUAUUAUUAUUAUUAUUAUUAUUCCCCUCUGCCUUUUCCUUCUUCUUUAUCCUCAUCUUCUUCAUUUUUUCUCCAUCCUAUUCACCAUCUUCUUCUUCCCAUUAUUAUUAUUAAACCAAUUAUUAUUAUUAUUAUUAUUCCCCCAGAAUCUUUUCCUUCUUCUUUAUCCUCAUCUUCUUCAUUUUCUAAAACUCCAUCCUAUUCACCAUCAUCUUCUUCUUCCCAUUAUUAUUAUUAUUAUUAUUAAAGUCCUCUGCCUUUUCCUUCUUCUUUAUCCUCAUCUUCUUCAUUUGAAAAAAGUGAAUCCUAUUCAAAAUCAUCUUCUUCUUCCCAUUAUUAUUAUUAUUAUUAUUAUUAUUAUUAUUAUUAUUAUUCACCUCUGCCUUUUCCUUCUUCUUUAUCCUCAUCUUCUUCAUUUUCUACUUCUCCAUCCUAUUCACCAUCAUCUUCUUCUUCCCAUUAUUAUUAUUAUUAUUAUUAUUCACCUCUGCCUUUUCCUUUUUCUUUAUCCUCAUCUUCUUCAUUUUCUACUUCUCCCUCAUCUUAGUUCUACUCUUCCUUUCUUUAUUUCUUUCUUUCUUUCUUUCUUUCUUUCUUUCAUUCAUUCAUUUAUUCUUUUCUUUUCUUUUCUUUCUUUCUUUUCAUCUUUCUUUCAAAUAGGCUUUCAUUAUUCAUUUUGGUUAUCAUUCUCUCUCUUUUUUGUUUCUCUUUCGUUCAUCUUAUUGUAUCUUUUUUUCUUCUUUUCAAAUAUAAUUUCUUUCUUUUUCCUCUUUUCUGCUAAUCCUCAUCUAAUUUUACUUUCUUUCUUUCUUUCUUUCUUUCUUUCCAUUAAAUCCUAUCCAUUUUUUCAACUUGUCUCCUAUGUUCUUUCUUUGUUUCUUUCUAUCUUUCUUUCUUUCUUUCUUUCUUUCUUUCUAUUUCCAAUGAUUCUUUCUAUCUUUCUUUCAAUUAAAUUCUCUUCAUUUUUCAACUUUAUUCAACUUGUCUCCUAUGUUCGUUCACUCGUUCUUUCUUUCUUUCUUUCUUUCUUUCUUUCUUUCUUUCUUUCUUUCUUUCCAUUAAAUCCUAUCCAUUUUUUCAACUUGUCUCCUAUGUUCUUUCUUUCUUUCUUUCUUUCUUUCUUUCUUUCUUUCUUUCUUUCUUUCUAUUCCCAGUGA